CAGCUCCUCUGAAGAAACACUCCCUCUUGCUGCUCUCUUGCUUGCACACACGCCACAAUGUGUACAGGGAAAUGCUCCCGCCUGGUGGGCCUCACCUUGGUGGCCUCUGCCCUGGCCUGCCUGGUGGCCAACAUCCUGCUGCUGUUCCCCAACGCUCAGAGCCAGUGGACACCGGACCACAUCACACUGCAGGCCUGGCUCAUGGGUGGCCUCCUCGGCGGGGGGCUGAUGGUCCUCUGCACUGGCUGCUCUGCCGUGCGGGCCGGUGGGAAGGGCUGCUGCGGCUAUGGGUGCUGCGGGAAUCGCUGCCGGAUGCUGCGUUCCGUCUUCUGCUCCGCCUUUGGGGGGCUUGGCGCUUUCUACUGCGUGGUGGUGUCCUCCACGGCACUGGCCAAUGGGCCCUGGUGUGAAACAGUGGCCCAGAAGUGGGAAUCCCCUUUCAAAAACCUCAGUGAGAACUACCUACAGAACAAGAUGCUGUGGGACUUGUGCGUCAACCCUCCCUCCAUAGUCCUCUGGCACAUAGUCCUGUUCUCCAUCCUGCUGGGCCUGGGCCUCCUGGAGCUGCUGCUGUGCAGUGUGCAAGUGGUGAAUGGCCUCCUGGGGACUGUGUGUGGUGACUGCCGCAAGGCGACCGAUCGCGCCGGGGAAGGCCUGUGAGACUGCAGAGACCAGCCAGCGCUCUUGCACCGAUGACGUCCACUCCUCCACCUGCUCGUCCCCUCCCCAAAUCUCUUGGCCAGAGGGAGUGCAAUCUGGAUGGUUUAUUGGAAGAUCCCAAAAUAAACUGCUCUCUCUGCUGCA